AUGGCGUCCCUCUCCAUUACCUCCGCAAUCAAGUUGCCCUCGGGGCACUCUAUCCCGCGACUUGGCCUUGGUGUAGGCUACAACCCUAACGAAUGCUACUCGGCCUGUAUGGCGGCUUUGAAACACGGCUACAGGCUAAUCGAUACCGCGGAGAUGUAUGGCAACGAGGAGGCGGUAGGAAAGGCGGUUCGGGACAGCGGGAUACGCCGAGAGGACAUCUUCGUCACCUCCAAAGUUCCGCAUGACUCUCCCGAUGUGGCUGCAAGCGUCAAGACGUCCACCGAGAAACUCAACAUCGGCAUUAUAGACUUGUAUCUUAUACACAGUCCUCAUGGUGGAAAGGAUCACCGUCUGAAGACCUGGAAGAAGCUGGUCGAGGCAAAGGCUUCAGGCGCUCUCCGUGACAUUGGCGUGUCCAACUACAAUGUCCAACACAUUGAGGAGAUUCGCGAGGCCGGUUUCGAGAUGCCCGCCGUCAAUGAGAUCGAACUCCAUCCACUUGACCAGCAGAAGCCGAUCGUCGACUACUGCGCGAAGAAUAACAUCGUUGUUCAAGCAUACUGCCCUCUUGUUCGCGGCGCAUUCGAUCAUCCAACUUUACAGGAGGUCUCCAAAAAGGUUGGCAAGUCGGUUGCUCAGAUCCUUGUACGAUGGUCGUUGCAGAAGGGUUUUGUCCCACUGCCGAAGUCAGCCAACGCGCAACGCAUCGCGCACAACGCAGAGGUCUUCGACUUCGAACUUUCCCAGGAGGAAAUGGCUGCAUUAGAUGCGCUCGACAAAGGAGAUGCAGGAGCAAUCUCAUGGAAUCCCAUCCACCAGGACUGA